CCACUUCAAUUACGUCACAAAAUGCAAGAUGGCAGCCUCCAUUAGCCGAACGAAAGUUCGCACAGUGAGCGAGUGUUCGGAAGGAACCGAUUCCAGUGAAAGUGAAUUGCUCCAGGAACUGAGACUGCUAACAGAAAUCUACAUCAAUGAACUGAAUAUUAUUUGUGAUGACAGUGGAAUUGCGAGUGAAGUCUGUGUAGUCUUGCAUCCAGCCACUGCUGAUAAUGUAGAGGAGCAGUAUGUGUGUCUUACGUUAGAUAUGAAGUUACCUGAGCAGUACCCAGACGCUCUGCCGGAAAUCACCAUCAGGAAUUCCAGAGGGAUUUCGGACGAACACCUCAUGAGUCUUGAUGCCAAGCUGAAGCAGUUAGCUGAGGAGAGACAGGGUGGAGCUAUGCUGUAUGAACUAAUUGAGGUUGCCAAGGAGAGCCUUACCAAUAACAACACACCGAGCUGUCAGUGUGUGAUCUGCCUACACGGUUUCACAGAGGGUGACGUCUUCACCAAGACGCCCUGCUACCAUUACUUCCAUAGUCUCUGUCUGGCUCGUUAUCUCAAACACGCUCAGGAAAGCGAAGAAAAGACUGUGUGUGCCGUCUGUCGAGAACCAGUGACCUACGACCUUUCCCAGCUGGAAAAUGCUCCAGCCCCUAGUGCCAAUCAUGAAGCGUACACCCCCGAUGCCGAGUUACGCAAGAUGCAGAGAAGGUUUGCUGCCCUCUAUAGACGACAGAAGGAAAAGGGCGGAAUCAUUGACCUUGAAGCUGAGAGUAAUAAGUUCCUCAUAGAUAUAUCCCAGACCCCUACACUGCCGCUAAAUACUGGCAUCACAGCAGUGACAACACAGCCGCAAAACCUUCAUGAAAGAAAUACCAAGACGCAAGAUGUUGCCCCACGUCAGACGGAGCAGGGGCAGGAAGAGGCAAAACCUCCUGUUUCUAGAAAUGACGCAGGACAUAACAAGAGGAGUUACCCCGAUAGACCAAGAUCGUCUAAUAGGAGCAACCACAGACCGGGUGGGCGGGGCUCCGCCCAAGGGAGAUGGUCAAGGGGGAGGGGUCACACACGCCCACAUUCUUCGGGUAAUAAGGAAAACUUUUCUAAACCAACAGAUGCUGGUAGAAGGGAUAACAGGCCUGGUCAAAGGUCAAUGGAUAAGGGGUCAACAGAGCAUGAGAACACUACUGACCAAUCACAGAUUAGUACUGGUGAAAAUAUGGCUGACCAAUCAGAUAGGAGGUUUGACAAUGAUAGCAUAUGUCCAGCUGGUAUUACGGUCAAAGAUCAUGAGAAACAUGAGAGAGAGGAGCAAUCAAAAGGGAGAAAUGACCCUCACGGGACAGAAAAUGAAAGGAGAAAUGAUGCAUCGGCUGAUAAAUUGGACAAUCCAGUGUGUGGUUCAGGUGAAACCAGAAACGAGGGUCCAAAGUCUGGGACACGACCAAUUGAGAAGAGGAGAAAUAAUUACAAAGACAAAAUUAAUCCAGAUGCAAAAGCGACGGUAGAUCCGCGUUCAACAGAGCCCACGGGGCGAAAGGAAAAACCAACUUUGAUUGACGAGCGUAGGAAGAAAGCAGAUGGGCCAGAUUCAAAACUGUCUGGAGAUAGAACUGCAGAUGUGAGUGUGCAAUCAGCUAGUAUUAAGACCGACCUGCGAACGAAGGGAGAUACUUCUGAGCCAAGGAAUAACGCAGGGCGGAGGCGAAAAGCGAAAGCUUCAGAGGAGAAUCUUGGCGGAGAUUGCAAGAGGGAACAAUCUAAUGAUGUUAGAAGUAAGAGCAGGGAUGAUAGAACUGAUAUUAGGAAGGAGCGUUAUCAUACGAGAGAAGAACGGAGACCAGAACAUUUCAACCAAUCCAAAGAUGGGUCUCAUCAAAGCCAAAGCGCAGGCAGGGGAAACCAACGGAGACCGUCUCAUCUCAACCAAUCAAAUGACAGGUUUCAAAACAGUGACCGUAGAGGUAACCAAUCAAAAGAUUCAUCUCGAGGUAAGGGCAGAGGUCAUCCGCAGAGAUCUGAACAGCUUAGCCAAUCAAAUAACGUGUCUCAAAGCCAAAAUAAGGGUAGAGGUAAACUGAGGUCUGAAUACCAAUCGCCAAUUAACCAAUCACAAGGCACGUCUCAAAGCGGUAAAGGUUGCAGCAGCCAAUCAAAUGAAUCGUCUCACAGUAAAGGCAGUGGAGGAAGAGCAAAAGACAAGACACUUACUGAUCCGAAGUAUGAGACUGUUGGCAGUGACAGCAAGAGCAAGCCCGAGCUCUUUAAAGCCAAACCUAAUGAUAGUGCCACUUCCGUCUCGACUAAAACAGCCGGCUUUGAGACAGUUUCAGAUCCAAAGAAAGACUUGGGUCAGAGGUCAGUUGCACCGCCGCCUGGAUUUGAGAAUGUUAAGUUAUGAUGCUUGAUGUGACCCUUUAAAAAAGUCUCUUAAAAACAAUUUUUGAUAGUUUUCAAGUGAAAAGCCAAAGAAAUUCCUUAAAGGCACUGGACACUAUCAGUAGACACUCAAAAUAAUUAUUAACACAAAAACGUACUUGGU